AUGAGCGAGGGAGCGCAGCCGGUGCACCUGGACGUGGCGUGCCACGCGGCGCCGGGGAGCGCGCUGGACGACCCCGCGCCCGCAGCCGGCUGCUCCUCGGACGCGCAGGCCGGGGGCAGCGAGGACGGGCGGUCGUCGAGCGCCGACGCCGACGAGGGCUUCCCGGACCUGCUGCUGGCGCGCCGCCUCGGGGAGGACGGGGACGGGUCGGAGGCCCGCGCGCCCGACGGCGGCUGGGGGUGGAUCGUGGUGGCGGCCGCCUUCGUCACCAACCUCAUCGCCGACGGCGUCACCUUCACCUUCGGCAUCGUGUACGUCGACCUGCUCAAAUACUUCAAGGAGGGCAAGAGCAAGACGGCGUGGAUCGGCGGGCUGUUCAUGGCGAUGCCGCUGCUGUCGGGCCCCAUCGCCAGCUACCUCACCGACCGCUUCGGCUGCCGGCGCGUGUGCAUCUUCGGCGCCGUGCUGUCGGCGGUCGGCUUCAUCAUCAGCUCCUUCGCGCACUCCAUCGAGCUGCUCAUCGUCACGUUCGGCAUCGUGUCGGGCUUCGGCCUGGCGCUGUGCUACGUGGCGGCCGUCGUCAUCGUGGCGUACUACUUCGACAAGCGGCGCUCGCUCGCCACGGGCCUGUCCGUGUGCGGCAGCGGCAUCGGCACCUUCGUGUUCGCGCCGCUCACCGCGUCGCUCAUCACCGAGUACGGCGCCGCAGCCGCCGCGGCCGUCGCCGCCGCCGCCGGGGGCUCCUGCUCCAGCGCUCGCGAGCUCAGACGGCUGCUGCAGCGCGGCGACGCCGCCCCAGGUUACAUUGUGAACAAGGCACCACCCCAACAGAAUAAUAUUCCUGUAAAUUCGUACAAUGAUGAAGUAAAUCGACAUUUCAAUUCUGUUCUAAAUAUUCCCACUUAUGUUUGCAAUGGUGAAAAAGUUCCCUUGGAAGUGCUUGAAUUGCUUAGUGCCAAUCAAAGUGAGUACAGGGUGCAUUUAAAGAAAUAUGCAAAUCAACAGCACCAUCCUUCCACAAGUAUUCAAGACAAUACAAAUCCUAAUCAGAUUCUGGAAGGAAAAGAAUUUUCUCCCAAGGACAAGAAAUGGUCUCCAUUAGUUGUAAUUCCACAUCCUUCAACACAACAGAAUUCUUCCAUGUUGUAUCGAUCUGAAUGUGAAAAAUCAAGUGAACAAUGGCCUAAAAAUGCCACGAAAGAGGAAGCAUUUCAGUGGUGGGUGAAAAAAUCACAUGAAAACAAUCAGUACCAACAGAGGCGCACAACCCAAUAUUUGAGGAAUUUGCAAGUGCACAGGCAUUCCCUUAUUUAUCGAAGUGCUGUUUUGAAGAUAAGAAGAUCUCGAUUGCGUGCAUCUUCUUGCCCUGAUAUAUACAGAAAUUCCAUGACUCAAACAAUACAUGAAGAAAAAGAUGAGUGGUUUUCAUGUCUUGGGGAUCUCAGAGACGUAAUAGCAGAUAUGGUUGAUUUUUCCCAUUUUACAGAUGUUCGGUUUGUUCUUUUUGCCAUUUCGAACUUUCUCCUGUAUUCAUGGUAUGAUGUUCCCUAUGUUUUCAUCACUGAUAAGGCAAUUGAAAUGGGAUACAGUGAACCUGAUGCUUCAUUUCUAAUAAGCAUAUUAGGAAUUUUGAACAUGUUAGGAGUGAUUGUCCUAGGAUGGGCUGGAGAUCAAUCUUGGGUAAAUGCUGGUGUUGUGUACGCAAUCUGUAUGGCCAUUUGUGGAGUGGUGACAGGUUUAGUUCCCCUUCUAUCCAGUUACACAGGAUUGUGCAUUGUAGCUGGUGGUUUUGGCUUAUCCAUUUCUGCAAAUUACUCAUUAGCAUCAAUUAUUCUUGUAGAACUCAUCACCCUGGAUCGCUUUACAAAUGCAUAUGGAUUGCUACUGCUGGUGCAAGGAAUUGCCAAUCUUAUUGGCCCUCCAUUAGCAGGUUGGCUGUAUGAUAUAUCAGGAGAUUAUGAUCUUUCUUUCUACUUGGCAGGAUUUUUUAUUAUUCUCUGUGGCAUAUUACUCAUAGUGCUUCCAGCAAUGAAGUGGAUAAAUUUCUGUUGGAAUGGACAACUAAAAAGAAAAUCCACAACACCUGUGAGAAUUCAUUUUUCUCAAAAUAUAUUUUGUACAAAAGAAAAUAGCUUAAACUCAAACAGUUCCAAAGCAAAUAAUACAAGAUCAAGUAAAACAAACAUAAAUGUUUAAAUAUAUACUAGUCAAUAUGUAACAGUUCUUAGUUUCUGAAUUUUCAAAUAAAAAGUUAAAACAUGAUAAAACCUGUGGUAUAUAAACCCCAUGUUUCAUAGCAAAUUGAGGUGUAGGAUGGCCAAUCACCCCACAGUAAAAAGGACAAGAAUGGAGUAAGUAAAACCCUUUCAUUCUUUUAAUAAAUACCUGUUUAUUUUAAAGUUUAUAUAAAGAGUUUAGAACCAACAAAUUAUCUUCUAAUUUCUUAGAAAAACAAAACACAAU